AAACUAGUCCUUUCAUAAAGUCGACUACAGAUCGGCCAUCCGCGCAGAUCCCAUCCGAAGGACUGUAAAAGGCAUCCUGAAGUGAAUUUUACUUCAUCAAAAUGAAGCGUUUAUGGAUCUUAGGUCUUCUAUGUGCUCUUCUUGCCUUCACAUCUGUGCAGGCAGAAGAUGAUCUUGACAUUGACGGAACCGUGGAGGAUGAUCUAGGAAAAAGCAGAGAUGGUUCCAAGACAGAUGAUGAAGUUGUACAAAGGGAGGAAGAAGCUAUUCAACUGGAUGGAUUGAACGCAGCGCAGAUUAAGGAAAUUCGAGAUAAGUCGGAAAAGCAUGCCUUCCAGGCUGAGGUCAACCGCAUGAUGAAGCUCAUCAUCAACUCCCUGUACAAGAACAAGGAGAUCUUCUUGAGGGAGCUCAUCUCCAACGCUUCUGACGCCCUGGACAAGAUCCGCUUGCUCUCGCUGACCAGGGAUGAUGCCUUGGCUGCCAACGAAGAACUGACCGUGAAGAUUAAGGCUGACAAGGAAAAGAACCUGCUCCACAUCACCGACACAGGCAUCGGCAUGACCAAAGAGGAUCUGGUGAAGAACCUGGGAACCAUCGCCAAGUCCGGCACCAGCGAAUUCCUCAACAAGAUGACCGACAUGCAGACAGAGGGCCAGUCCACGUCCGAGCUGAUUGGCCAGUUCGGCGUUGGCUUCUACUCCGCCUUCCUGGUGGCCGACAAGGUCAUCGUCACGUCCAAGCACAACAACGGCACGCAGCACAUCUGGGAGUCGGACUCCAACGAGUUUUCAGUCAUCGAGGACCCGCGCGGAGACACCCUGGGGCGCGGAACUACCAUCACGCUCGUGAUGAAAGAGGAGGCCUCUGAUUACCUGGAGCUGGAGACCAUUAAGAACCUGGUCAGGAAGUACUCGCAGUUCAUCAACUUCCCCAUCUACGUCUGGAGCAGCAAGACGGAAACGGUAGAGGAGCCCAUCGAUGAGGAUGACGAGGCUGCCAAGGAGGAGGCUAAAGAGGAGGACGCCACUGAGGAUGAGGUAGAGGUGGAGGAGGAAGAGGAGAAGGAGGACAAGCCCAAGACCAAGAAGGUGGAGAAGACGGUGUGGGACUGGGAGCUGAUGAACGACAUUAAGCCCAUCUGGCAGCGCCCCUCUAGGGAGGUGGAGGAGGACGAGUAUAAGGCCUUCUACAAGACCUUCUCCAAGGACUCGGACGAGCCCCUUGGUCACAUCCACUUCACGGCGGAGGGAGAGGUCACCUUUAAGUCCAUCCUGUUUGUGCCCGCUGCUGCUCCGCGUGGCCUUUUUGAUGAAUACGGCUCCAAGAAGAAUGACUUCAUCAAGCUGUUUGUACGCAGAGUGUUCAUCACUGAUGAUUUCCACGACAUGAUGCCCAAGUACCUCAACUUUGUCAGGGGUGUGGUGGACUCUGAUGACCUGCCCCUCAACGUCUCCAGGGAGACCCUGCAGCAGCACAAACUGCUGAAGGUCAUCCGCAAGAAGCUGGUGCGCAAGACCCUGGACAUGAUCAAGAAGAUCGCCGAGGAGGUGUACAACGAGAAGUUCUGGAAGGAGUUUGGCACCAACAUCAAGCUGGGCGUGAUCGAGGACCACUCCAACCGCACCCGCCUGGCCAAGCUGCUGCGCUUCCAGACGUCCAACAGCGAGAAGGAGCCGGCCAGCCUGGAGCAGUAUGUGGAGAGGAUGAAGGAGAAGCAGGACAAGAUCUACUUCAUGGCUGCCACCAGCAGGAAGGAGGCCGAGUCUUCUCCCUUCGUUGAGCGGCUGCUGAAGAAGGGCUAUGAGGUGAUCUACCUGACGGAGCCCGUGGACGAGUACUGCAUCCAGGCGCUGCCCGAGUUUGACGGCAAGCGCUUCCAGAACGUGGCCAAGGAGGGCAUUGACUUCAACGAGAGCGACAAGGCCAAGCAGCAGCGGGAGAGCCUGGAAAAGGAGUAUGAGCCCCUCACCACCUGGAUGAAGGACAACGCCCUCAAGGACAAGAUCGAGAAGGCUGUGCUGUCCCAGAGACUGACCAACUCCCCCUGCGCUCUGGUGGCCAGUCAGUAUGGCUGGUCUGGCAACAUGGAGCGCAUCAUGAAGGCCCAGGCCUACCAGACCGGCAAGGACAUCUCCACAAACUAUUAUGCCAGCCAGAAGAAAACCCUGGAAAUUAACCCCAAACAUCCCCUGAUUAAACAGAUGCUGAAAAGAGUAAAUGCUAACGCUGAAGACCAGACGGCGGCAGAUCUGGCGGUGGUUCUGUUUGAGACGGCGACGCUGCGCUCAGGCUACCAGCUGGCCGACACUAAAGCCUACGGAGACCGCAUCGAGAGAAUGCUGAGGCUAAGCAUGAAUGUCGACCUCGCCGAACAGGUGGAGGAGGAGCCAGAGGAGGAGCCAGAGGACGUAGCUGAGGAAGAUGAUGUCGAAGAAGACAUAGACGCUGAGGAUGACGAGACCGAGAAGGACACCGCCUCCACAGAAAAGGACGAGCUCUGAGAGAUUGAAAAACCGAGUGGGGCAGGGUGUGACUGACUUGGGUGGGGGCGGAACUUUGUGUCUCCUUGACGACGGAUCUUUGCCAUGGGGGGGGUGGAUGCUGAAAGGGGAUUGGACAGGGUUGGGAGAGGGGGAGGGUUUUUUAGGCACUGCUUGUGUUUGAAAUUGUGUUUUCUUUUUGUUUUUUACAUUCCUCAUGACUGUAAAUUUGUUAAUAUUUAACGGAGCUGGUUAUGGAGUUCUGAAUUCCUGUCACGUGAACCAUUAAAUGUUUACGAAAAGGGAAA